AUGAUAAACAGCUUGCCUAAUUUAGUAUUUCAAAAUCUACCCCAAGUCUACGAAGUCGUAUUCCAUGGCAACAAAAUAAAGAGCUUUGACUUACGUUGUGUUGCAAAUUUGCCCACGUUAAGAAUACUAGCCUUAGGCUGGAACCGACUUCAAUCGAUCAGUUAUACAUCGGAAAAUGGCACAGCUCCACCACUUCGUAGCAUUAGUUCCUUGCGAAUCUAUGGCAAUCAAUUGCCUUCCCGUUACUUAUCUUACUUUAAAAAUACUCUCCUUUAUCAAAUGUUAUUCAUCAAUAAUCUACUGACACAAAUACCUAAGAAUUUAUUCGAAAAUGCAGAACAUUUGAAUGCUAUAUACUUAACCAAAAAUGGAUUAUUGGAAAUAGACUUCAGUUAUUUUUAUGAACACCCAAUCAUGACUUAUAUUGAUGCUCGCUAUAAUCGUAUAACCACAUUAAGAAAUGAUGACAGAACAAAAGUAUUAACAAUACGCCAUAUUCUCCUAUCUAAUAAUCGCUUGAGAGAAAUUCCACACGACAUCUGCAAUGGAACAACAUUACUUAACAUAAACAUUUCAAGAAAUCAGAUUAAAUCAGUUGAAAGUAAUACCUUUAGAGAUAUGACAUCCUUGCAGACUGUAUUUCUCACUAAUAAUGAUAUCAAAUACCUUGCAACCAACAGCUUUUCUUCAAUUUCUCCACUACAAACUAUUCUUUUAAAGAACAACUUACUGGCUGAAAUACCGACUCAGCUAUUUAACCAAAUUCCCUAUCUACUAGCUCUCACCCUUGAUCAAAAUAAAAUUAAAGAAAUUCCAAAUGGGGCGUUCGCUGGUUUAAAAAAUUUACGAAAUCUAAAGUUACAAAGUAAUGAAAUUAUCCAACUGAGGCGAGAAACAUUUAAGGAAUUACCCAAGCUCGGAAGCCUGUAA